CCAUGGCUUAUGACCCCGUAUCGAUUACGCGAAAAUGAGACCGACGUAGGCAAAUGUAUUUUCAACGACAUUCACAGUAAGGCUAGAAGCAUUGUCGAAAGAAGCAUUGGCGUAUACAAAGGCCGCUGGAGAAUAUUAUCGGAUGAUAGAAAGCCAAGGUACAACCCAACAUUGGUUGCAAAAAUUGCAAACGUGUGCGCCGCUCUUCACAAUGUAUGCAUCGAUAGGAAUAUUCCAUAUCAAUUCAGCAACGAAAAUCUAACUCAAAGACAAGAAGGACUGUUAGAAUGUACACCAUUGGACAUAAACAAUCGAUUAUCAGAGAGGAUAAGAAGUAGAAUAAGAGACCAUCUUUCUCAAUCAGCAAUGUAAAUAUUUCAUU